GUCGUUGAGCAGCUGACAUGGUGUUAUCAGCGACUGACAGGCGUGCACACAACCAAAUACAUAUCAGGACUGACCCGGGAGCUCUAUAACAAGCGACAUCAUUUCCUUGUGGACAGUACACGAGCGGUGAGUUCGUCGCGUCACCUGUUCGGGAUUGUAAGCUUAAUUCCUCCGUCACUCAACAUUCCUUCGCAGGCCGUGUCUUGAACAAAGCGUCCCCGUUACCGAAACACACCGCAGCAACAAAGGAGGUGUCUCCAAUACACACAGCACAGGUUUGUUAAAACUACAUCAGUUGGUGGCGUGGUCUUCAUUAAUUAUUUAAAGGUGAUCAACUUUGAAAGCGAUGGGAGUCAAAGGUUUACAGGUUUUUGCUGAUACCAACUGCCCUGGUGCUCUUGUGAGAGUUAACAUAGCGAAGCUUGCUGCGGAUUUUCAUCGGCGCUUUGAUAGGAAACCAGUCCUUGUUGUGGAUGGCAUGGGCUGCCUACGUAUAUUCUACAAUCCCAAGACACCCUGGGUGUAUGGUGGACAGUGGAAGGAGUUCUUGAAUAGACUCAAACGUUUCGUGGAUGCUUUCACAUCGGCGGGUAUAGAACUGGUGUUUAUAUUUGACGGCGUUGUCGAAACUUCCAAAGUUGCCGAGUGGGUCAGAAGGAGAAAUGACGAAAUGAAGACAGUCGCCAAAAUCUAUCGGAGCAUUAAGGAGGAUGGCAGGCAUCCCCAAACCAAUCUGCUCCAUCUCCCACCUAGUAUGAGCUUUUACUCUCAACAAGCUCUGAAGAUGUGCGGUGCGACUGUUUACUGUUCGUUCAUCGAAGCAGACAGGGCCAUUUUCCACUACUACAAGAAGUAUCAGUGCUUCGGGGUGCUGGGCCAGGACUCUGAUUUCCUGGUGUUUGACAUCCACAACUACUUCUCCUUGAACUCUCUGUAUUUUGAGAGGGGGCUGGGGAUCAAGAGGUAUGAUAAAGAGAGACUGUGCCGGCAGCUACGCCUGCAACCCUUCCAUCUGCCCCUCUUGGCCUGUCUCAUGGGUAACGAUGUGAUAGCACAUGCAAAAUUGGGUAGCUUUCAUCAAUCAAUCACGGGCACAACGCCCAACAAGAUGGCAGAUCUGCUGCCAGCUGUAGCCCGCUUCCUGUCGGAUCUGCAGAUACAGAUUUUGACGCCAGAAGUUGUUGAAGAUUUGGAGCAGCGUGUCUUCGGCCGAGCACAACAUAUGUGGGGGCUCAUGGACAAAGUUGUCCGUCAGUACAUCAUGACUGAGCCUGAGCCUCACAAAGUGGUCGACGUCACAAGCACUGGUAGGCAACAGCAUCAGAAACAGGGUCUUCCUCAGACAUCACUCCAAUCCAAAUCAGGAUCUAAUGUAGCAUCCGAAGACCGGCCAACAUCACAGGAUGGCAGUGCUUCCUCACAACAGGUAUUUCAAGCCAUAAGAAGGGCUCAUUUGAACGCUGAAAUCCCUGCAAGAAUAGACAACUUGUUCUCCCAUCACCUCUACCAGAGGGGUCCAGCAAUUGAGGACUGCACAGACUCUACUAUGCCCUCAGCGGGUCCACUUUUCGAGCCAAUUAGGAAGAAACUGUAUGGACUACUCCUGGGGGGUGGGUUACAGGAGGAUGUGAGCGUUCCUCAAGCCAGUGCCCCUGCUACGAGCUCAUCCUUUCCAGAUACAAUCGACAAGAAUCCAGCCAGCUCAAGUCCGGUGACCUCUAGAUUAGUGGUUGGUGUGAAUGCAGUGAGGGAGUGGGUUGCCCAGCCUGGCCGCACCCUUGCGGUGGAGCCUGAGAUAACGGAAGCCGAGCCGUUGGAUAUGCCAGGAGGCACACCACGACUGGAGGCCCUGUGGCUAGGACCACAAGCUGAGGUGCGGUCCUUGAAGUUUGAGACCUUCCUAGCCUGUAUGCAUUGUGACCUAGACCCUGCCCAACUCCAGCGCAUCCCAGCACACUUUCGGCUCUUAUGCGUUGUUCUGCAAUACUUUGAGAAACACACCGCGCCUAGAUUCCUUCGAGAGACUGACGUGGAUGCCUUCUUAGCCCAGGCCGUGUGCCUGACGACGCACUACAUGGCAAGUGUGAUGAAGCUCAGGGUAGACAGAGUCGACCCCAGGGGUGUCCACCUGGCCAGCCUUUUCAUGAGGGGUGUGUCACUAGUCUGCUCUGUCAAUGCGGCCUGUGGCCGGCCUCUAGACAUGGCUGACUUGAUGCCGUGGCGCUUCUUUGACGGUGAGCUGUUCCACGCCAAGUACCUCAUGAGCCAGGAUGGGGCUUCAGUUGAGCAACUCUGCGACAGAAAUGUAGCAGCAGUUGAGGAUUUCCGCUUGCUAAAGACAUGCAUCUACUCUCGGACACCAGCUACUGGGUACCAGCAGCAUGCGCAUUCAGAUUCCUGAGGGAUGAGCAGUGUUGAAACCCAAGCUGGAAGUGACAUCUCUGGUCAAGAUGGCGAACAGUUGGAGGAAAAGAGGCCGACUACCAUUUGUGCAAUGGGCCAGGUUUUCUGUUGCUAUGACUAUUUGCUGUAGUCUGCCGGUUACACCUCUAUGUUCCGACACCCCUAUGUUCCGACUGCACAUAU